AUGGUAUCUAUGGAGGCCUCGAGGAACCAGGAAGCGGAUGCAGUGGCUUAUGAAAUAAGAAUAGGUCGCCUUCUUAUUUCGGAGCUAAAUAAUAAAGAUGAAGAGUUGAAGAGAUUCCGAAGACCGAAAAGGAGCCGCUCGCUCUGGGUGGUUGCCAACGCCGGAAAUAGCAACAGCGGCGGCGGCGGCAUCAACAGCGAUGGCAGCGGUGGAGGCAACAGCAGCUGCGAACGGACGGCCGGGCUGCUCAAGGAUGCACUUCGAAGCGUCCACUUGUUAGCUGCGGCAAAGAGCUGUGGUGCUGACCGAAGACGGAGACCAGUUGUGUGCAUGAUGCCGCCCAGCCUCUGUGGCAGUUCCUUUGCCGAAGAACGUGUGUUCGAGGACUUGGGCGAAAGAUUUCCUGAUUUAAGUGAGGAUUUGGAGAGGGAUUUAUGUGAGUGUGAGCCUUUCCUGUUCGCGCUGAGUCACCGUCAUUUGCAUGCUGAUUGUGAAAAAAUGUCCGGAAAUUUGGAAGUAUCAGAAGAUAUUUUCCUGCAAGAUAACAUGCACCACCACGCCCUGGCGGUAGCGGCGGCGGGCGCCAUCUCCCCGCCCUCAGCACCCUCGGCACCCUCGGCAUCGGGGGCGGCGGCGGCGGAGGCGGCGGCGGCGGCGGCAGUGGCGGCCUCCGUCGAGGCGGCAUCGGUGGCGUCGGUGGCGGCGGCGGACGGCCUGGAUGCGUUCGUGCAGCUGGGCGUGUUGAUCGUGGAAGGACGCGUGGCGGGGGCGGCGGGCGCGGGCGGGGCGCGGGGCCCGCGGGGCUAUGCCGAGGGCCCGCACUGCGCCGCCCCCGCGGCCGGCACUCCCCAUGCGCGCGCCCACCAGUGUGACCCGGCCAACUUCCUGGUGAGCGUGAAGAUGCUUCCUAGAAUGGACGCACCUCCAAUUCUUCACUGCCCUCUUCAUGCCAAUGGCAGCACUGCAGAGCUUACUCCGACAAUCCCAGGGAAACAGAUGCUCACAGCACUUCCUGCAGCUAAUCCAGGCAGCGGCGGGGCGGCGCGCGUGGACGAGUGCGCGGGCGAGCCGCUGCUGGGAGACAGCCUCCUCGACCCGCCCCACUCGCUGCAGCUGCUGCGCGGCCGCGCGCCUCGGACCAGCAGCCCGCCUUCGGCCAUCCUGCCUCGCACCGUUGCCUCAGCUCACGGACGCACCAGCACGCGCUGGCGGGACGCGUCGCCCCCGAGCCCUCCCAGCAGCAGCCUCCCGCAGCGCCGGCGCGGCCGCCAGGGCAUGGCUCGGCGGCGGGACGCCAGCUCCGGCAGCUCCCUCUCCUCGCGCGCCCUCCGCCCAGGAAUGGGAAUAAACUCGGGUGACUUGUUGGAUGAUCGUAUGCUAAAUCCUUGCACACGUCCUGGCAAACAUCACUGUCGCUGUGCCUACGAAGAUGAUACUACAGAUUGUAGCUCGAGCUCAGGUAAUGGUGUUGCCGGAUCAUCAACAAGCAUUACACCUGUGUCCAACAUCAGACCUCCAAAUACAUCGAUGAAUGUUGGAUCAAACUCCACAGUGCAUUCUCCGAAGCCUGGAGUUACUAGCGGUGGAAGUUCUAACAGAAAGUUGAGCUUGGAAUUGAGUCAAAGCGAGGUGGAAGAGGUGUUAGCAGUACUCAGGGACCGCAAUCUCAGCUCCCGCUCUUCCAAUCACUGUAGUAAAAACUCAAUGUUCUCUAAUUCUGCGACGAAAGAACAAGAUGCCAACUCGCAGAUAUGCAAACAUCAUAUGUUGCCUUCCACAUCAUUGCCUCAAGAGUCAGCUACUGAAGUCUACCAUUGCAAACCGUCCACAUCUACCUCAAAAACCUCCCACAAGGCAGAUCUUUUACUUGAUGCUAUUCUACGUGCACGAUGUCCAACCAAAAUAUUGUCCACUGCCCUGAAAGGUUGUGAUCCUGAUGAAAGAGUGACAAAAGAUCGGACUAAAGUGUGUUGUGAUGAAAAACUAAAGAACUGUGAAAGUGGGAGUGUGAGGGAAAUGCCAAAAAAAUCAUCUAGUUCUUCUGUGCCACUUUUGCAUCGCCGAUUAGGGCAACUUCGAGGAAGAUGUUCCUCACCUCCUCAGCUACAAACUCUUCAAAUACCAGAACAUGUUGCUGGGAAAGCUCCUGUGAGAAGUCCUGAGUUAUCGCAUGUAACAUCCGCUUCAGCAGCUCAAGCAGUUUCAGUACCUUCCGCUCAAGAAACUGCCCUGUUUCGACGCUCUCUCCGUUCAGCUGCGUGUAUGGUAUUUCAUUGCCGCACGGGGCUCCCUCUAACUUCUAGCCCUGCUCCUGUGAGGCGUCGCCACGAUUCUGCACGAUUUGAUUUUGAUUCGUCCCUCAAUUCGGUGUCUGCCAUUCGUUCAGCGUUGUUUGAAGCUAGUGGAUCUCCAAAGAAUGGUGGAUCUCUCAAUAUCAAUGGUGCAUCAAGUCCAAGUGAAGAUAGUGAAGCAAGUGUUGGGUCUCCUAGUUCACCGGGUAUAAGUCCACAAGCUUUGUCUUCCCCAAUGAAAACAAUUUCCGGACAAAUGGCUUGGCCGCCUCGAUGCCAUAUAUCUCACUGCUCAUCUUUGUUAGGAAGCUUUGAAGAAUCAGUCUUGAAUGGUCGUCUUGAGCCAGUAUCAACUGUACAAGGAUUUACAGCUGACUUGGGGGCUAGUGGAGCAUUUUGUCCACGUCAUUUACUUCUCCCUGUGACAGUUUUCUUUUAUACUCUUGGAGAUAAUGACAAAGUGUCUACACCCUACCUGGGACAUAUCAACCUUGGAAAGAAAGGUUACACUGUACCACGGUCUGGUACAAUCCAGGUGACACUGUUGAAUCCUCUUGGUACAGUUGUCAAAAUGUUUGUGGUACAGUAUGAUCUGACAGAUAUGCCACCACAGGCUACAACUUUCUUGCGUCAGCGAACACUGUAUUUGCCUGCUGGUGGUUCUGAAGGUUGUGAUACAGAGGCAUCAAUUAACUGCCAAGCACUUCAGAAACACCUUCGCUACCUCAUACAUCUCAGGUUUUCUAGUUCACGUUCUGGUCGCAUUUCCCUGCAUACUGAUAUUCGAAUGAUAAUUUUUCGAAAAUCUGAUCUUGACACUGCAACAGCUCAUGGAGGAGAACUUGCCUAUGAACUUCGAUCUUUUACUCAUGGACCAACUAAUCCAAAAUUUUCACCACGUAAGUGACCAAUUAUCACAGUCUUCCUACUGCUUCCAGAUCAGAUCUCUUCAGGAUGACAACAGUCAGGAUACAAAAGAGGUGUAGAUUGUUGUUUCACAUUUAAAAACAGUUGUAACAAAAGUGAAAUUUUUGUGAUGUGAGGUAGACAAGUUUUGGGUUAGGAAUUGAUGUGGUGGUCAGGUAAAUAGAGUUUGGAGUUCUGACUUGUUAAAUAAUUUUGUAAUCCGUAUGUGUUCAUAAUUUUGGCAAUUUGCUUAAUACACAGGUAGUAAUUAACACUUGCAAUAUUGUGAGCUCAGAGAACCUGUUAUGUGUGAAGUUAUUGGUGUAGUAAUUACUACUAUGAUAUUUACUGGUCAAAGGUUUCAUUAAAUGGCAAGAAUAGCUGUGCACAGGAGAAUUUUGUAAUUGUGCACAUUUAUUGUGGGAUAAUUGUAUCUAAAUUAUAUGUGAAAAAACAUUUGAUAUUCAAUAUGUAGAAUGAAUUCAACCCAGAAAACUGCCCCCUGUAUCAGCAACAAAGAAAUAUGUGAAACUAUUUAAUUUUUUCUGUGAUGUUAUGAAUUAUAAGCAUAAAAAGUAAUUUCUUAAAAUGGAAAAUAUUGGGAUAUGUUUGGCAUUAAAACAAUUUUGUGUCAGUGACUGUCUGUAAAGAUCUUUGUAUGUUUGUAGAAUUUGUAAAUGUGCCUUUCCAUUUUAAAUUAAAUCUUCUUUUAUGAAACUUCCAUCCACAUGUCAAUGCUUUACAGAAUAUUGAUUUCAUUUUAAGUGAUG